AUGAAUGGUUUGCUUUCUUUUCCCAUGUAUGAGAAUCUCAACCAAGAUUCCGCCAUUCGACAAUUUUGCGCGGCCCGUGUGCAGCAAGAACAAGGAGGAGAAUGGGGAGAAAUUUUGCUAGAGGAGAUGGAUCUUUGGCCACAUUUUGAUAGCACUCCUCCAUUGGCCACCUCUGAGGUGGAGGAAAUCGUCGACAGCUUCUUUAACGUGGAAUGCUAUGAAAAAGAUAAUGCUAACAAGUCAUCAGAUGACGAAAUUGGACUAUUUAAUCAGUAUCCAGAAGAGGGACUCCAAGAUUUUUCAGAGAUUGAUGGUUUCUACUAUGAUGGAGAUGUUCCAAUGAUGAUGACUAACGAGGGUGAAUUGGAAGAGUGUGGCUCUAGCCACGAUCUUGUGUUUUGUUCGAACGUGGAGCCGAGUAUAAAGGAUGUCGUUGAUCAAGGCCUUCAUUUGGUGCAAUUGUUGUUAGCUUGUGCUGAGGCUGUCGGUUGCAGGGACACACGACUUGCUGAUACAAUGUUAAGCCAAAUCUGGUCUUGUGUGAGCCCUUGGGGCGAUUCUUUGCAGAGAGUUUCGUAUUGUUUUGCAAUGGGAUUAAAGAAUAGAUUAUGCCUUCUUCAAAAUGUGAAUGCUGAUGGUUCAUUCUCUAAUGGUGCCGUUGAUGUCUCUUCGAUCACAAGGGAGGAAAAGAACGAAGCCUUUGAUCUGUUACACCAGACAACUCCUUAUAUUGCUUUUGGUUUCAUGGCUGCAAAUGACGCUAUAUCUCAAGCAGCAAUGAGAAAAGACUCUUUGCACAUAAUUGAUCUUGGAAUGGAACACAAUCUUCAGUGGCCUUCUUUAGUAAGAACUUUGGGAUCACGACCCGAAGGCCCCCCAAAACUAGUUCGGAUCACGGGCAUAAUUGGAGACCAGGAUCCACUGGAGCUUGAGAUUAGCCUGAAGGGCCUCGUUGAAGAUGCCAGUUCUUUGGGCAUUCAUUUGGAAUUCAACAUGAUGGCAGAGCCAGUAUCGACGUUAGUAUUAACCAAUGAGAAGCUCGAGUUAAGAGAAGGAGAAGCAUUGUUUGUAAAUAGUAUCCUGAAUUUGCACAAACAUGUGAAGGAAAGCAGAGGAUCCCUAAAGACCAUUCUUCAAACAAUUAAGAAACUAAAUCCAGUUCUUUUAACAGUGGUUGAACAAGAUGCCAACCACAAUGGGCCAUUCUUUCUCGGAAGAUUCCUAGAAUCUCUUCAUUAUUAUUCUGCCAUUUUUGAUUCCCUCGAAGCAAGUAUCCCGAGAACUAGCCCAGAGAGGCUAAAGAUCGAAAAAUUUCAUUUUGCAGAGCAAAUUCGCAAUGUUAUAGCAUUUGAAGGUUCUAGCAGGAUUGAGAGACAUGAAAGGGCAGAUCAGUGGCGUAGACAGCUAGCUCGUGCGGGUUUUCAAGUAGUAGGAAUGAAGUGUAUGAGCCAAGCUAGGUCAAUGAUUUCUGUCUAUGGCUGUGAUGGUUACACCAUAUCCAGUGAAAAGGGUUGCCUUCUGCUUGGAUGGAAAGGAAGGCCAAUAAUGUUGGCAUCAGCAUGGCAAGUGCACAAUGCCACUUCCUCCUAA